AGCUUCACUGAGAAUGGACGCUAUCGCCCGGCGCUACUACACUACGAUCCACUCCCAAACACUUUCCACCGAUGGACGCUUCCUGUUUUGUGGUAGCAAUUUCGGGGAAAUUUGUGUGUUCAGUGUGGAACAGAUAACGGCCUCGAGCAAUGGCUCAGAAGCAACACCGCUGGAAGUGGACAAAUUGCCGACCACACCCAUGCAGAUAUUACCCGCUGAGGACCGUUGUCCAAUAUACAGCUUGGUAUUUCACAACGACUUCUUAAUCGUUGGCCUGGACGGUGAAAUAUGUGGUUUUCAGUGGUCCAGCAAAUCGGGUACGAUUGGGAAGAAAUCAUGGACGGUGAAGUUACCGGCUCCACCGGAACGGGCAGACAUGAGCGAGGUAAAUUAUAUGUGGCUAAGUAGUGGCGACGAUCGACUGUACGCUGGUUGUGGUGAUAACGUACUGUAUGGUGUUUCGCUCGAGGACGGAAAAGUUUUCCGCGAGUUUCACGGGCACAAGGACUACAUACACUGCGUCUCUGGAUGUUCAAACAAAUUGGCAACUGCUGCCGAGGAUGGUUUGGUACUGCUAUGGGACAGCCGGCAAAAGAAUUUCUGCGCCAAAAUUGAACCACACAAGAAACCAGCUUUGCAGCGGUCCGAAUUUGGCCGUUGGCAGGGCACCGUCGCCAUCACGGAAGAUUGGCUGGUGUGUGGCGGUGGACCGCGCUUUUCUCUGUGGCAUUUGCGUUCGCUCGACUGUACGGCCGAUUUUGAUUUCCCGGAAAAAUUGCACGUGUCCGGAUUUGUGGACGAUCUUAUCUAUGCGGGUGGUGACAGCCAGAAGUUUUAUCAGUACAACUUUAACGGUGAUGUAAAGGCCGAAAUUCCAACCUCGGGCUCAUCGGUGUACAGUGUGGCGUUGCAGACGGAACCGUACCGGUUUCUAUCAAUUGCUGGCGCUUCCGCACAGAUCGACGUGUGUACGAACUUUUCAUACCGGGACAUAGUACUGAACACGUACGUUAAGCACUAG